AAAAUUCAAAACUUUUUUCUCAGUUUCGCGUGAAUUGAAUGAAGACAUGAUUUGUUGCUUAAGAAGAGGUCUUCAGUCAUCUAAACGACACCUGAUUUCCAUCGAUAGGUGCCUGAAGUCGGCCACCAAUCGGACACCAAAUGUCUCAAGAAGUUUGUCCACAAUUGACACCAAUAGUAGUGACACAACUUAUGAGAUAAUAGAGCCGUACAAGUGGUUAAAUCGCAAGAGGAUAAUACACGAAGACAUCUUAAAACCGGAUUACGCGGACACAGGAGUCGUGUCCCAGCGAUACGAUCGGAUCAAAACCAGGGAUCAGUUGGUGGCGAUCGCCAAGUCGUGUAAAAUCGCCAAAACUAUACUCACGGAAGUCGGCAAUAGAUUGGCUGUCGGUGUCACCGGCGAAGACAUCGAUGACAUGGUGUUUGAUCUGUGUCAGACCUACCGGUGCUAUCCAUCACCGUUGAACUACAGAGGGUUUCCCAAAUGUGUGACCACUUCUGUCAAUAACGUCGCCGUUCACGGCAUACCCGAUACCAGAGCUCUAGUCGCCGGUGAUAUCAUUACAGUGGAUGUCAGCAUCUACUUCGAGGGUUUUCACGGCGACUGCGCCCAUACUUAUAUCAUCGGCGAGUGCAGCGAUGAGAGGACUCAACACCUGCUAAAUGUGUCCCAACUCUGUCUCCUGGAAGCGAUCCACGUCUGCAGAGAUGGCCAGAAGUUGUCGGAAAUCGGGGCCACCAUCGAGAGGACAGCCAAAGAGUACGGCUUUAAUGUGAUCCGCGAGUUCUGCGGCCACGGAAUCGGCAGUAAUCUUCACGAACCGCCGCAAGUACUGCAUUACAGACACGAUUCCGAUGAGACAAUCAAAGAGAAUAUGUGUAUAACGAUAGAGCCGGUGAUUACGGAGGGAUCAGCCGAUGUUGUCAUCGAUGGUAGCGAUGGUUGGACCGUCUCUACAGAGGAUAACAGUCGUACGGCUCAGUUCGAGCACACCCUCUGUAUCACCAAAGAUGGUGCGAUUAUUUUGACUGAAAUUGAUUGACAAACUAAUUGUCACAACUUUUGUUAAGAUG